AACAUCCGUAGGAACAACAGACUUCACCGAAAGAGGGCUCCUCAGCACAAUAAUAGAGGUGCCUGAAGGCCUAUGAUGCUAGAGCAUCCUCCCAUCUUUCAUCGAUCCAUCCAUCGAUCCAUCGACCCUCCCGCCCGCCACGGGCGACAUCAACAUUAACACCAAACCCCUCCCUCCCUCCCCAUCAUGCUUCAUGAGGCUCGAGCUGAGCCCCCAGCCCUGACCCUCCUGCUGCCCCUCUUCCAGCCCCGACUUGAUUGAUUUGACUCCUCAUCAUGUUUCGACGCCUGUUCAAUUGGUGUGGCUCAUGUUGCCCGUCCUCUUCGGCCUCCAGUUCGAGCGGACCCGAGGCCAAAGAGCCCGAACCCCCCGCUGCCUCGAGCCCUGCCUCGAGCCCACGGCUCAACCCACUGCACGACAGUUCUGACCCCCGCCCCACCCGCCAUGAAGAGCACACGGGCUUGAUCGGGCCCUCGGUCGUGUCUCUGUCCAUAAUGGAGCAGAAUCUGGAGGAGCUGGAGAGCGGCUUCCAGAUCCUCGGCCUCCAUGAUUGGCUCACGUUCACCAUGUUGAACCGAGGCGAAAGCGAGUGCUUGUCGGCCAGUUGUCGACUUCUGGCCCGCCCCUUGACCUUGGUGGACCUGGACUUUGAACGCACCCAGCCUGAUGAGCACGAGCAACUGCAGACCCACGUGUUAGCGGGAUUGCACUUGCCACCCGAAGAAGCCAAACUGAUCAUGACCAUGAUUCAGUCCAUCGACAAACUUGUGGCCAAAACCCUGGAAUCCAUCCGCAACCUGGUCGACAAUGAUCAGGAUCCUCCGGUGGCCAUGCUGGCCUUGAAUCAUAUCGCCCAGAAGGAGCUCGGAUGGUUCCUCAUCAUUCAUUCCAUGAUCCGGUGUAUUCCAGCUGAAAACCCGCUAGGACCUGCCACCAUAUCCAUUCUCAUGGACGAUUGUCCCUUGCCCACGGCGGCUACCAUGAGGAAACUAUGCGAGCAAAUCCAAGUGAUCCAUAGGAGACACUCCAAAAGGUCGUCGUUCUUCGACAAGAAUGUGGCCAUUGUUCUUGGGUUCAUGGCCGAGAAGUUGGCCGGAUCCCGAUGUCAAGAGUUCUUUUGUCAAGAGAUUCUGGAAUACUUUGUGGGGAAGCUGGUGCCCGAGGAGGAUCCCUCUGUGAUACUGUAUUCGAUGCUGACCUUGGAGAAGUUUGCCCAAACCUCGGAAAACAAGAUCAUGAUCUGUCGUUACUUUGAGGAGGAGUUCACGAAGCGUGGAUUAGAAACGCCUCUAAUACGACUAGAGGCUCUUUCCCAGCAGCACCCUGAGGAUCUCAUCAUUCGACAAGUCUCGUUUUGUGCCCAAUGGUGUCUAGACAACAUAUUCAUUCAGAGCUCAAGACCUUUUUCCUACUUGAAGACCGAUAUGCGGCCGUACAAUGUGAUACUUAAUGCAAAUGACGUAAGUGAAUACCUGAAGAUUUCACCCACGGGCUUGGAGGCCAGAUCGGAUGCGUCCUCAUUCGAAAGUGUUCGCUGUACCACGCAAGUUGGCCAAGGUGCUUGGUACUAUGAGGCCACGAUUGUUACCACAGGGAUCAUGCAAAUCGGCUGGGCCGCUAAGCAGAGUAAAUUCCUCAACCAUGACGGUUUCGGAAUUGGUGACGACGAAUUCUCCGUGGCUUUUGAUGGGUGUCGCCAACUGCUUUGGCACGGUGCUCAGAGCCACUCCAUUCAAGAUCAACUGCCUAAGAUGUGGUGCAGCGGAGAUGUCAUGGGAACUCUCAUUGAUUUCGACAAAAAGGAACUGUGUUUCUGGCUGAAUGGUCGGGGUUUGGCUCCGGUGACCUGGUUGUUCGAGGAUUGGAGAGGAAAUGGUGAACAGGAAUACUUUCCAGCCGCUAGUUUCAUGUCCUUUCAACAUUGCCUCUUCAACUUUGGAGUGGAUCCGUUCAAGUUCCCGCCUCAUGGUCGGAACUUCCGACCUUUGAACGACAAUCUUGAUUGCAUUUUGAGCGAUGAAGACAAAAUGAUCUUGCCCAGACACGUCAAAUUGGAAGCCAUCCGUCAGAUCAGCAUCCACGAGAAUGCCUGCUCAUUGUGCUUCGAUCGUCCCUCAACGGCUGUGAUAAACCCCUGUAGUCAUGCGGGGUUCUGCGAGGAGUGCUCUCAAAUGCUGGAGGUGUGUCCCCUUUGUCGUGGACCCAUCGAGUCGAUUACGCAUGCCAAAGGGCCGGAAAUUGGGCAUCAAAAUUGGCAACCUGAAACUGAUUGUACAUUGCCUCAACAGGUGCAAACUUGAAUAAGAAAACGUCACCCUGUUAUAA